AUGAGUCUCCUGACACAACUCAGAUUGUUACUGUGGAAGAACUUUACUCUACGGAGGAGACAGAAGGUGCGUUUGCUGGUGGAGUUGGUUUGGCCUCUGUUCCUGUUCAUCAUUCUCGUGUCGGUCAGAUCCACCAAUCUUCCGGUUUAUAAAAGCCAGUGCCACUACCCCAAUAAGCCCCUCCCAUCGGCAGGUGUGUUGCCAUGGCUACAGGGCAUGCUGUGUAACAUACAGAACCCGUGUGUGAGUUCCCCCACACCUGGCGAAGCACCUGGACAGGUGAACAACUUCGACAACUCCACAGUCACAAAGGUUUUGGUUGAAGUGCAGUCGCUCCUGGCGGAUCCCGCUCUCUUCAGCAGCGUCAAACUGAUCUCUGAGGAUAUCGGCCGAUGGAUGUCUGUCCUGGAGAAUGCAAACCCAGCCGCAGGUCAGUCGAUUCCGCUUCGCAGUUUGCUGAGAACCAACGAGACGUUUUCUGAAUAUCUGACGAACAGCCUUUCGGUGCCAAACACAGCCGCCGCGAGCCUGAUGAGGGCCAGAGUCCGGCUCGGUCAGCUGCCUGCGCUGUCGGCUGAUGGAGAUCUGCACUCGGUGCUCUGCGGCCCGUCGGCCGAUCGCAUCCUGGACUUUAAUUCAGCCAAUCAGAAAGAGGAGUUUCAGAACAUCACAUGCUCCCUGACAGCCAAUCAGCUUCUUCAGGCCAGACGAGUCUUCAUGCAGAAUCUGGACAACAUCAAACUCCUGAACGCACUUCCAUCAGCGCUGGGUCUGAACCGGCUGGAGGUGACCGCUCUGAUGGGCCAAACCAGUGCUCACAUCGCUCCGCUCAUGACCGGGAUGUCUAACUUUAGGUCUUCAGUGCUGCUGAGUGCAGUAGAAACGUUGGAUUUCAGGUCGGAUCCGUUCGGGAGCCUCACUCAGCUGAUGUGUGGAACAGACUUUAACUCGACGAGCAGAGCUACUGUGAGAAGAGCGUCGACAGAAUCAGACCAACAAAACACACGCAACGCAACAGCCGACAACACCAACACAACCAGCAACAACACCAGUGAGUUCUGUAAAAACCUGACGGACACGCUGGAGAGCACUUCCAGCCUGCGUCUGCUCUGGAGGACCUUCCGGCCGUUCCUGCUGGGAAAGAUCCUCUACGCUCCUGACACUAAUGUUACACGCAGCAUCGUCACAGAGGUACACGUGCAAACACAGACACAGAGGGACGCUAAUGCAGUGCAUCUGAAUAAGAAGAGCACAGACUCUCAAUGCGCCAACCGCACAUUUGACGCGCUGGCUAAAGUGGGCGAACUGGCAGAGGCCUGGCUGGAGAAUGAAGAUGUGCUCUGGGAUUUCUUCAACAAUAGCACACAGAUCAACACACUGAGGGCUCUUCUGAAGAACCCUGUGUUUGCAGCCAUUCUGGACGAGCAGCUGGAGGACUCCGGUCUGUCCUCAGCACUCAUCAGCGGCUUCCUGUUUAACGGCCCUGAGUCGGAGCGUCCGGCGGGGAUGCCAGCCUUCGACUGGCGUAACGUCUUCAACGCCACCAGUAGUGCAGUGCAGCAGAUAACUCAGAUCCUCGCGUGUUUUGAUCUGGAUAAGUUUGAAGGCGUCAGCACUGAGGCUGUGCUGGUUGAGCAGUCUUUGAAGCUCCUGAAUCAGGACCGCUUCUGGGCCGGUCUGGUCUUCACAGAUCUGGACCCUGCGUCCUGGUCCCCGUUGGCCCGUGAUAACCCGUUUAAUGACCUGCACUACGUGAGAGGAGGCUUCGUGUACCUGCAGGACAUGGUGGAUCGAGGAAUCAUUACAGUGCAGACGGGAGUCAGUCAGUCGCUCGGCAUCUACGCACAGCAGAUGCCGUACCCGUGUUACGUGGACGACGCCUUCGUUUCGUCCAUUGGCACCAUACUGCCCAUGUUCCUGGUGCUGGCGUUCAUCUACACGGCCUGCCAGACCAUCAAAGGCCUGGUUCUGGAGAAGGAGCUCCGUCUGAAGGAGGUUCUGCGGGUUGUCGGGGUUCGAAACUCUUCCAUGUGGUUCUGCUGGUUUAUAGAUAACAUGGUUCUGCUGACCAUUCCCUGUGCUUUGAUCUCGGUCAUGGUGAAGUAUGGAAAGGUUCUGCGAUACAGCGACCCGUCUGUGAUCUUUGUCUUCCUCCUGGUCUUCUGCGUGGCCACUGUCAUGCAGUGCUUUUUCAUCAGUGUGUUUUUCUCUCGGGCGAAUCUGGCAGCCGCCUGUGGUGGCCUCAUCUACUUCCUGCUCUACCUGCCUCAUGUGCUUUGCUACACCUGGAGGGACGUCAUGGGCUUCGGCGCCAAGAUCGCCACGAGCCUGCUGUCGUGUGUGGCAUUCGGAUACGGCUGUGAGAAUCUAUCCCGUUAUGAAGAGCAGGGCAUCGGCAUUCAGUGGAGCAACAUCCGGGUCAGUCCGCAGGAGAACGACCGCUACUCCUUCAUCGUCUCCAUCUUCAUGAUGCUGUUCGACGCGUUCAUUUACUGGGUUCUCACCUGGUACAUCGAGAAUGUCUAUCCGGGUCAGUAUGGCAUCCCGAAGCCGUGGUAUUUUCCCUUCACGUCCUCGUACUGGUGUGGGACUCCAGUGGGAUCUGAUGCCCAACCCGACCUGCUUCAAGAGCUGGAGAAUCAGAGCGGUUACCUGGAAAAGCCUCCGCCUGGAAUGAAGCCUGGAGUUUGUAUCAGAAACCUGGUGAAGGUCUAUAAGACAGGAAAUAAACUGGCCGUGGACGGACUCAGUCUGGACUUCUAUCAGGAUCACAUCACCUCGUUUUUAGGACACAACGGAGCCGGAAAAACCACCACCAUGUCGAUACUGACGGGUCUUUUCGCUCCCACCUCGGGUACGGCUUACGUUAACGGCUACGACAUCCGCAGCGACAUGGACACCAUCAGGACUCACCUGGGAAUGUGUCCACAACACAACGUCCUCUUCAACGACCUGACAGUGGAAGAGCACAUUUAUUUCUACGCUCGUCUGAAGGGUCGGAGCUCUAAAGAGGUGCAGAAGGAGAUUGAUCAGAUGAUUCGAGACGUGGGUUUGCCUCACAAACGCAAAGACCUCGUCAAGAACCUCUCAGGUGGGAUGCAGAGGAAGCUGUCGGUCGCCAUCGCGUUCGUGGGAGGAUCCAAUGUUGUGAUUCUGGACGAGCCGACAGCGGGAGUCGAUCCGUAUGCGCGCAGAGGCAUCUGGGAGCUGCUGCUCAAAUACAAAACAGGUCGUACCAUCAUCCUGUCGACGCAUCACAUGGAUGAAGCGGAUAUUCUGGGCGAUCGUAUCGCCAUCAUCUCGCACGGCCGCGUCUGCUGCUGCGGCUCCUCGCUCUUCCUCAAGAAGACGUACGGUAGAGGCUAUUACCUGACGAUCGCGCGGGCCAAUCAGGAGCGAGUCAUGGCACAACGAGCCCCAGCGAUUAAAGAGUGUGAUAAAUUCAGCGUGGAUGAAGGAAUCUGCAGUGACAGCAUCAGCAGUCUGGAUCCGCCAGACGUGGCGGAUCUGAGUCGACUGGUGCGGCGGCACGUGCCGGAGGCCGAGUUUCUGGAGGUCGUAGGUCAAGAGCUGGUGUACGUGCUGCCGUAUACAGGCGCCACAAACGGCAGCUUUGCGUCCCUCUUUAAAGAGCUGGAUCUGGAGAAGAGCGCUCUGGGCAUCACCAGCUACGGGAUAUCAGACACUAGUCUGGAGGAGAUUUUUCUGAAGGUGGCUGAAGACACGGGUGUUGACGUGGAGUCCCAUGAUAAGAAAGAAAAUCUUAAACAAAAGCGCAGAAGCAGCUCAAGGAUAUCAGGAAUACAGACUAUCAGCUCAGCACUGGAAGGCAAAGAUGCAAACGCUGUGAAAAAUGGUGCGCUCAAACAUGCAAAGGUUAGAUUCACUAGUCGCGUGGAGGACACCCAGCGGCCCAUGUGUGCGAAUGGCAAAGGGUCGUACGUCAUCAUGGCUUGGUCACUGAUCAAACAGCAGUUUUUAGCUCUUUUUAUCAAACGUUUCCACCAUGCCCGCAGAAGCCGGAGGGGAAUCAUCGCUCAGAUUAUGAAUGCCAGACAGUUAAACUCCCUUAAAUGCAUAUGUAUUGAUCUGGAGCUUCAGCCCUGGAUGUAUGGAGCUCCACAGAAUACCUUCUAUAGUUUUGAUGAUCCUGCUGUAGAUCAGGUGGAGAGAGUGACGAAUGCUCUGCUCAGUUCACCAGGAUUUGGGACGCGCUGCAUGAGAACCAACCCCAUACCUAAAUUACCGUGUAACCCGGUGGGAGGCAAUAUUUGGUUCACUCCGGCAGUGGAUCCAUCCAUCACUGAGAUCUUUGAGAAGGGGAACUGGAGCAUGGAGAACCCAUCGCCAGACUGCCAGUGCAGCACACCGCAGCGCAGCUUCAUGCUCCCAGACUGCCCGCUCGGAGCCGGCGGUUUACCGCCACCGCAG